AUGGCCAAAAUCAACAAACAAGGCUUCGACGAAGAGAUGGCCAUGCCUAUAUUUCCAUUGUUGCCCAUCCCUAGCACUGAUUUGAGACCAUCGAACAGAAAACGUGCAGAAACAGCCCGUUUAAGAGAAAAUUGGUUUAGGAGCAAGGGAACGCUGAGUUAUGAAUUCAGUGAACACCAUGACCCUAACUUCCAGACACGAUUGAGACCGCCUGCUCUAAUGAUGCGACAGCUCAUGAACAACAGAAAUGCCAUGAGUGCAACGUCAGUCGAGUGGGUGAGACCUGACAAACCGGAAGUUGCAAGAUGGAAAAAGGAAUUUGGGGAGAAGUUUAAGAAUCAAGUGGCAAAAAAGGCUACCAUGAAGAGACUAAAUUAUGCACGUAUAAUACAUCCAACAUCGCCUAAGAAAUUACAACCAAUAACAGACCAGAAUGAAUCAAAUAGCACACUUUUCUACACGACCAACACCCGAGCGCCACCUGGGGGAGUUGCUGAGAUGAAAGGACGGUACAUUGUAGCACCUGGAUGGUGUUCGGAACGUGUGUCGUGGGAAAGUUCCAAGAAAGAUAGGACUCUUUCAGAGAUGCAUCGUCAUAGUUUAUUUUGA